GGUUUUCCCUGGUCUGGCACCAAGUUGCCAAUGAGUGCCGCGAGUCGCGACGUAGCAUGUAGCUUCGCGUUGCCAGUCACCGACGGAACUUGGUCGUCUACGUGCCUCUCGAAACCAGCGAGUUUACAGUUCUGUGAUCGAAAGAACAGUUUCUUCCAAUCACAACUUGUAUUAUCUUCGACACACUCUGCGUAUUGAUCCGAGAAUGAUAUUCUAACAGAUGUGUCAUGUAAAUUUUGUCUACGUUUCCAGUAGCCACAUCGAAUAUGUCUAAAAUUGCUCCGAAAACUAUAUCGAUCCGACGUUCGGGUGAAGUGAAUACGAACGUGUAGCGUGUAGCUGUGUAGAGUUGUGUAGCGUCGUCGCGUCAUUCCGCGCCACUCGCCGAUUUGUUUUGACAUGUGUGUGUUCUGCCAUAUUGGAUUAACACGUCGUAUUUUAAGAGCUAAAUAGGCGCGAGUUUCGCGCUAAGAAGAGCAAUACGUUUUCGGGACAACGAUGGAUCGUGCAACGAGAAUCGCGUGGAUCAUUUAAGGUCGGGGGCGAUCAAUGCCCGAUGGCGUGGACUGGAACGCAACGCUGGAGAAAUCCUGCUCCAGAAGGUGACGAUGUACAACGAUCGAUCGAGCUGCUGGACAAAGUGCUCUCAGAGUACGACGAGCACGAGGCAGAGGGCGAAGGUGGUGGAGGCGUCGGCGUCGGCAGUGGCGGCGGCGGUGGCGGUGGCGGUGGAGGCGACGGUAGUGGGGGUGGCAGCGGCGGAGGUGUGGGGGAUUGUGGCAGCAGCACCGAACCGAGUAUUGGCCUCACACCCGACGACGAAAGUCCGUCCUUAGGACAUCAAUCCGAGGACGACGGUUACAUGAGUAUGAAUGGACGAAAAGCGAAGAUGGCCCUGAUAGCGCUGCGUCCAGUUCCAGAUUGUCCAGAGCCACAGGAUCUCGCGGGUAUAUCUACGCAAGAAUUUCCGCCACCGCCGGAAGAAGCCGAACGAAUCAUUUCUACUUUGUUGCCCAUGGUAUCGCCUGGAAAUUCUUCGAAGAGAAACCAAGGUCACUCUUCUCGUCGAAGCGGUCGCCAACAGUGGAUGAUAGCCAUGGAGGACAGCAUACGACAUGGAAACGGUAGCACGGUUACCACUCAAACGACUCUCCCCAAAACUCGACAUCAGAGACCGUACGGCUGGGAAAACGGGAACAGCGAAGGAUUGAAACUGGCUCAACCUCCGAGCCCGCCGAGCAAAUUCGCCAGCUUGCCGUACGAUGGCAAGGUGUCUUUCAGUUGGAUCCCGCCACGAACCAAUCCAACUACCAUCGAGAAGCAUCGCGAGGUCAGACGUCGAUCAUCGGAAGAAGAUGGCCUCGAGGCGGACAAAGCUCAUCGACAGAGCUUCGACAAGGAUCGAACGCCUCAUCUACGAAAGCAACGUCAGAGUAACGAAAUCAUCAAGUCGAGCAGCGUGGAGGAUCGUCUGCUGAUGAACCACGAGCAAUCCGAGCAGAACAGCCGAAGAAGAAACGAUUCUGACUCGAGCGAAGGCAGAUUCUCGAGAAACUCGGAAUCAGAGAGAUCUUCGAUCCCACGGUCGAGCUCGGUCAGCGUGGAAAGAUAUUCGAUGCGAGCCACUUGCGGAUCAUCCGACUUUUCCAGGGCCAACUCCACCUCGAACGAAAGAUUCCACUCAGAUUUUUCGAUAGCCGUAGCCAGUGCCAGUUCCAACGACCGAGUCUCCGUGCCAACGUCCGAUCCUUUCUCCAUUCGAAAUCUCGACUUUGUUUCCUUCUCUUUGCCGACCAGAACAGACUCCAAUGAAAGAUUCUCCGCACCAACAUCGGACAGGUGUUCGGAGGAACGUUACUCGGACAUGUUUUCCACGAGGAAUUCGGACUUCUCCACGAGGAAUUCCACAGACUUUAGGACUCAAUCCGAGGAGGAAAGAUUUUCUGACGACUCGUUAGAGGAGCUUCUGCCUCCUCCGCCGCCCAUCAGUAAGAGACAUUCUAUUGCUUGGGAAGUACCUCUGGAGGAUGAUCCACUUUAUGCUCCCGGAAGUACCAAGGUGAUUGGUAGGAGACGACGUAAAAGCAGCGACGUGUCCAGCGUCGGAUCAGCAUCCAAACUACGCGACUUCGACGACUGGCAAGAUCCCCGAUUAUCGACCACUGACGAUGAUCUGGUCUCUCCGUACUCGGACUCGUCGACGAACGACCUUGAUCAAAUACGACCUCAAGAACUGACCAAGAACGGCACUUACGUGAUACGUCGUGGUCGAAAGAAAGAACGAAAAAGUUUACCAAAAGCCCCGACGAAAACCAAAAGCUUAUCGUUUGAGAAUAACGAGGAGAAUCGGUUGUCCGACGUGAAACGGUACUCGAGUACUUUCGAUAAUAUUAGAAGUCUCUUGAGAGAAAAUAAACUGGACGAACCUAUGAACGAUCCACCGAUGGAAUUUCCACCGUCGGUUCCACCCGACCUGAUCAGAGUCGUUUCUCUUCCAGCGAUUAACGACGAAACCGGCAAUUGGCCGCGAGAAUUGGAAGUGACUGUCGAAGAGGAAGAAAGUUCAGACCUUUCAGACAAGGAUAAAAAGCCUCGGGAGAUGUUCGAGCUGCUCCAGUUGUCGUCCUCGUUAUCGUCCAGCGACAAUCCUGAGAAAGGCAGAAUCGAUGUCGAUUCGUCGAAUCAAGAAUCGAGAAACGCUACUACCGAGUUGAACAGCACGUGCAACGGAGUUUCGCUAUCAGCCUCUAACAGCUAUUCGAAAGGGUUCGCUGGUUUAACACCGUCUAGUGGGAAUGUGUUUAACGAGGAACCAAGAAAAUCUCCAAAUCCUAGUAACGAACAUCGAUUAACGUCCAAGAUCCCUGUUAACUUACUGAUUGAAGAUCAGAUUGUGAAAAAAGCUUUGAAGGAGAAUCGUAGACAAUUGGAGAAGGUCAGUGAUGCUAUCAAGGAAAUUGAGAAUGUGAAAAACAGCGAGUCUUAUUCGGAGAGCAAGACACGAUGGACAAGGAGUGGAGAAGCGAAGCAACCAUUGGCAAGGAAAAGCAGUCUUGACAGCGAAUCGAAUGAUCGUGGAGUUGUGGAUCGAAGUGGGGCGAGGAAACAGCACCAUGAUUCGGAUUUUGAUUCGGAUACAGCGUCUAAAACCAGUCCUGAAACAACGGAUAUAGAGGCAAAGAGAACUAAUGGGUCGGAUAUCUACGCGUCGGGGAAAAGAUUGAGACAGAAUGGAGUUGUCGAGACUCAUAAGAAUGACCAGAAGCAGAUUGAAAAUGUGAUCGACGCUAUUCUUGAAGAUUCCAAGAAUCCAGAUUUUCAGGUGAGCGUGGAAGUUCUUGAGUUUCCUCCGUUACCACCAUCGCCUGUCGAGGAAGCGGACGAAGAAAGUUCAGACAUCGGUCAGACUGCCGCAAUCGUCUCUAAGCCAAAAAAUCAUAGCAAUCGAACGAUGGAGUACAGACCUAGGGUACCACCUCAUCGUGGACCUGUCGCUAAUCAUUCCCUCUCGGAUUCGAAAGAUCAACAAACGUCUCUCAAUACCAGAUCCAUGGAUGCUGGAUUUUCUAGGGGUAAAAGAACAACACCUAGUGCCACCAAUUCCAGACGAGAGCAAAUACCUGUAGAACGAAGGACUUUGCCUACGGACCUUCCUGGACCUUCACGACGACGUCCCAUCACCAAGAGACAUUCGCCAUCGGCGGAACCGUGCUCCUCAGUUGGAAAUGGGGGCUGUAGUAGCAGUACUAACGCAAACGGGGCAAACAACGGAGCUUGUGGCAGUAGCAGUGGUGGAACCACCGGUAACAUAGUGACUGGUACCAGUGGAAUGCAAACCUCUUGUUCGCUUCCAGAAACCCCUGUUUUCGCUAGAGGGAGCGACAUUCCCAGAACUCCUCAGCAUGCCAGUAAUUCGACACAGAUGCGUCGACAACCUGGUUGGUACGCUCCAACCACGGCUACCACCGGGUAUCGCAGGAAUAACCCGGGUUUGGAACAGGCGAUAAUCGGAACCGAGUUGUUGCGAUUAGCCGGUGGCCCGAAUCGUGGAUGGUACCCGACGAGGAAGGCGAACCAACCGCGACCAGCCUCGAUCGAGCAUCUCGAAAGACUAAACAACGCGUACGAUCCACGCUUGGCUGGCUCCGGAGACCAAAGGAAACCAUUGACUCUGCCGACAAACAUCACACCGAACAAAUACUUCGGCCAAAGUAAGCACAGCUCCGCCUCCAGCACUCGCGAGGCGCUACGGAGGGUCACUAGCUUGCUCAUCAAGAAAGGAAGCGGCAGCAAGGAUGGCAAAAGUGGAAAGGACAAUGCAUCACCGUGUGGCCCAUACGCAGCUGCCGAAUGCGGGGACGCGCCGAAGAAGAAAGGAUUCUUCAAAGGUUUCUGGAAGAGGUCGCGUCAUUAUUCGCUGGAGAACCAAUAGCCCAGGUUAGGCGGUAGGGUGACGAGCCAGCAACGACAGAGACAGGCGCCACGGCAACAGCACCAUUAUCGACACCACGUCGCUACGAGCGCUUUGACACACAGUGCUUGCUGUUGCAUCGUCCAGUAACCUCGGUGCUGCUUCGUGGUAGAUGCAGCGACAAGGUUCGCGUUCCUUCGUCCAUUUCAUCGAGCUUUUAUUCCGCCCGAUCGGUGGUCUCCGAGUCCAACAAGCUACGUCAGCCCGUGGGUAAAAUCUUUUUGCGUAUUAAUUACGUUUCUCUGUCCCUCCUUAUUUCCUUUUUCUCAAACACUCUCUGGCUAUUCGGCUAAAAGAUUUUCUUUCCAUUCCUUCCGUUUCUCGUUACAUCUGGUCGUAUGCGGUAAUUAGAUCGUUUCGUAAAUUAUGCUACGAGCAGCAAAGGGCGGGUUCUAUACGAAAAAUAAGCCGAAAAUGUAGAAUGAUGUAUUUUGAUUUAAAGCCUUGUUUGUCUAUUCUGCUUGACGCAAUGCGAUAAAUAUAAAUCCAAGUAGGAGUAUUAGUAUGCAGCGAGAUCCUUCGAGUCGAAACAUGGACAACCUUGCAGAGCUGCUUGUAUUUUUAAUGCGUCUGUCUUUAAUUUCAACAGCAAAGAAACGCUUUUAAACUGUUUCAAGACAAUCCGUAGCUUCAUAGAGCAAGAAGAAAUUAAUUGGAUGGAGGAUUAGCCAAAAUGUGUGUUAGAAUUAAGGCCGCAUGCGUUAUAAAUAUAUUUUAAUUAAUUGAACUGAUUCUCCAAAGAUCGAAUAAAUAGAGCUUCUGAAAAAUAAAUGAAUGGUGUUCUACGUUUUCAACUUAUUUUAUCGCAUAGAAUCGUCACUUGCUUGUUGGUCUUGCUUGUCUCGAGGUCGAGGUUGUACCAUCCAUUACAAGAUAACCUGCAAAUGAAAUUACGCUACGUUACGUUUUCGUUACCAUACUAAAUCGUUUCGUUCCUCUCGCACAGCUCGUUUGCUCGUGCGAGCGCGUUGCUGGAAAGCACGAAGCGGAAUAGAAGCAACGAGGCAAAGUGCUGCGCGAAUCGUGUCGAUUUCGUCACCAGCUGGCGUUGUUCGAAUCAUUCGAGCAGGUUAUGAAUCGACUUUUGCUAAAUCGAAUCGAAAUCGAUCUUGAGUCGUGUAAACAACAUGAAGUACGCGAUAUCAGAAAGGAUUCGAGCAACGACACAGCGGCAGCAGUUGAUCCGUUGACUCGUUCGUUUACUCUAUUUAUUUCUAUUUCUUGAAACGCAUAGAAGAAGAAAACCUACACAACACAUCACUAUAUAGCAAGAUUUUUUAAUGGUAAGAUGGUUCGAGUUUGCUCGCAAGGCGUGUAUACACGCUGAGUUUUACGUCACGAGCAAUUAAACGUUCGAUAGUUUUUCCACUCGAGAGGUAAAUCGCAAGCUUUGUACGGCUUAACCUAAUUAUUAGAUGGAUUUCGAUUAAACAGAACUUUUACUUUACAGAGGUAACAGCACCGAUUAAGUCUUACGACUUAUUAUUAAUGUCAUCGGGGGUGGAAAGUUAGAUCAGAGUCGAUUGGAAUGGGCAACUGCUUGAUUAGUAAAUGCCAAAAAGUACACGGUAGUCGGCUUUCUCAUUGACGGACUCGAUCGAUAAUCGACGAUCAUUGCGAUUGAUCGACGUGUUGCGACCGAUUGCGUGCAUCAGAACACCAUAGGCGUUUCUGUCCCACCAUCUUCCUUGUGUGUAUCCGAUACGCCAGCACGUUUAUAGAGAGCGAGCAAAUAAACUGUAAGUUAUCAAGUAUUCGAGUACUCGGUUAUCUAAAUACGUGUACUUUAGACGGCGUUUAUUAUUCGCGUAUUAUGGCAGAGGCAAUAGAGAGAAAGAAGAGAGCAUAGAAAAAUGCACGGAGGGACGAAUGCGUGCGGAAUCAUGACCAUGUAAAAAGCAAUCACAUUGUAUUUACUAUACGUAUUUAUUGUUAUUCGAGCAAUUUGUAAUUAUACCAACGAAACGUUCCCUCUAGUUUCAACGUUACCAUAUAAAUAACUAUUUUUAUUACGGCAAUUCAUUACCUGUAUCAUCAUCAUCGUCAUCAUCACCACCACCAUUGUUGUCAUCCUCGUCGUUAUUUAUUUCUCGUUUCUGUUGUUAAGUUGGUAUGUACGAAAUAUGCCGUUCCGCCAAAUAAGGUUUUAAUCGAUAUAUUUAUACGAUUCAAUGCUCUGUUUUAAUGAUUAAUUAAUGUCAUUAUUUCAAGUUUAUAAGAAUUAUCGGUUGAAAAAUUCAGAAUCUCUUUAAUUUCCUCGGUUAUAACUUUUUUUCAGUAAUUUACGCAUUGGAAGAUUGCAAGAUGGGAUAAAAGUUGUGUUUGAUUUUACCAAAUACUAAAUGUUGGUUUUCAGCAACUUUCGUGCCACUUUUUUUUAAAUUUAAGCCCAUAAAAAAUUACACAAACUUUCUGGCUAUCUAAAAGUAAUAAUAAACUUUUGGUAUAUUUAUUAUAAAUCUUCUAACAUGAAAAAUUACGUUAAACAUACGUGAUUUAUGGAAAAUUUUAUAAUAUGUUUGAUAAUUGACAAUAGAUCAAAAUUGAAUGGAUGCUAUUAGAGCGCCAAAUUUGAAUUCGAAGAAACGACAUUUCAUACGCACCAACUUAAUACACAUAAUUAGUACCAAUAACCACUUUCGUCGCCACAAUCGUUGCCACUGUGUUUAUUUAUAUCUUUUCCUCCUUUAUUAUCAUAAUUUUUCCCUUUUAGUCGCCUUUCACGGCACCCAGGGAUUGCAUAUCUGGGCCUAUCGAGUUCCUGGACCUAAAAGGACUUACUAUUGUAAUAUUAAUAUUAUUAUUGCUAUUUAUUUGAAUUAUUAUCGUAGGGUUGUUGUUACGAUCAUUGUUAUUACCAUUGUUAAUCCUGAAACGCUAUCACCAAAAUGAUAAUGCUUAGGCAGAAAACGUUGAAACACGCAAGUGAAACGCAAGAGACGAUAAAUGCGUUAUCGUUAUAGAACGGUAACCAGUGUUAUCUAGAACUAGCGGUUGAAUUACUUACUUACUUGCUUACUUACUCAAUUACUAUUAUCGAUAAUCCUCUAUUUGUAUGAUAUAUAGAAAGAAGGCGAAUUAAGAUUAUAUAGCCAGUAAUGUAACAAAAUGGUCACGAUAAUAACGAUAACUCUUGCGAAAAUUACAUCUAGUAGAGAAUUGGAAAAUUCGAUAUAGGAUGUAGCAGACGAUAUUCUCCUCUCGAAUUAUCGAUAAAGUCGAUUCCAAUCGAAAAAUCGCUUGAAUGCCAAAGAUUGCCUUCGCAAUAUAUCGCCAACCUGGCCAACGCAUACAAACAUAUAGAGAAUCACAUUUCUUGGUAUUCGUUCAACUUUCAUUUUACUUCGAUUCUUUAUACAAUUUUGUACGAACCUCAAAGUGCAAAUUUUAGUCGAUCAAUCGAACGAACAAUCGUUCCCCUUUCUCUUUCAUUUCCUAAUUCCUUUUCCUUUCCUCGUUUCAAGCGCCAACCAAACGCAACAACGUUAAUUUCUUCAUCGUGGUCGUGGUCGUUAUCGUCGUCGUCCUUCGAAAUACGCGGAAACAGAAUUUCCCUAUGAAUCGUGUUCAUCGUGGAAACGUGUUUGCACGUCAUUUCACUUUGCAGGUUAUUUAAAACGUAUUUUAAAUAAUUGUAUCGUUCGCGGCUUGUUCGAUAUAUCGAAUAUGGUGGAAGUUGUUGGAACGAUUACGAGGGCGAUAACACGAGCACGUGACUUAAAAGGAUGCUGGAAUUUCAAGGAAGAGGAAAGAAGAAAUAAGACAGAAGAAAACGAAAGAAAGAAAGAAAAUUGGCAAAUGUCGCUAGGCCGCAACAUAGGUUAUGAUACUGCUUUUUUCGCCCUGCGUGAUAUAUUUAUUUAUUUUAACGUGGUUUUAUUACACAAUCUAUGUAUAGUGACACUUGUAAAUAACGAAUCGCGAAUCAUAAGGAUACGUGACAAAGGAACGUAAGAAGAGAGCAACUGUUCCGCGAUCUUUUCACCGCGAAAAGAUCGAGCUAGGACUGUGAGAACGAUGGGCAUUCGAGAUACGCAUCGGCCGCGUGCUAGUUGUUGCUACCGCUGCUGUUGCUGUUACCGUUGCUACUGUUACUAAGUACUACAGUUACAAAACCCGAGGGCACGCUGGCCGCUUUGUCGCACAUUCGUUGACAUGCAUGCACACCUAUCUAAUAAGAUAACUUAAAAGGUAAUCUAAUAAAGGUUAAUGCUACUUAAACUUAAUGCCAUUUAAACGAACGUUUGUAAAGCAAUCUUCGUCCCAGCGUUGCGCGGUAUGCUAUAUCUCAUUUCACGUACACGCGUGAACGUGUUCAAUCACUUUUUUCAACGGUGUCUUCUGUUCUCUUCGUCAUCUUCCAUCAUUUUCUUCUUUUUCGUCUUCUUCUUCUUCUUCUUGUUUGCUUCUGCCCCUGCCCCUGUUCUCUUCCUUUCUCCCUCUUAUCUACGAUUUCAACAAAAAAACCGUUGUUUCCCUCGAACGGGUAGUAUCGUGAAAUAAUCGCUGCUAGCCGUGGAGACCCCAUUUGGAAAGGAGAGAAGCGCCGAAAUGCCUAAACUUUCUUGACAAAUAGCCAAGAACAGAUAAAACGAAGAACGAGAGGAAAGAAUUUUCGGAAGAAAAUUUCGAAUAUUUCGAAACGAAUCGAGGGACUCGUUCGUGUUUCUCGUGUUAAAUAUGCGUUAAAUACGAAGGAAAAAUGUGCACGAUACUCGUGUAAUAUAUACAGAUCAUGAACAUUUUAAUCCCGGUAACAGGUGAGACAUUUCGAAAGUUAAAUAUCGAAACAUUGUCAACCCGUAUUAACGUUUUUCACAUGUGUUCUGAAUAUGAUUGUAUUCGAGAAAUUCCAAUACAUCACCGAUAGAAUAAGAGACGCACACCGUGCACGCUAAAACCAAGUUAUCGAAGUUGCCGGGCAUGUAAUACGAUACGGUAUUCGUGUACUCCAUUAUCAAAUCCACUGUUGUUUAACUAGCCACGAUGUUAAGACCGGUUCGUUGGGCGCAUCGUUUCUUCUAGUCUUUGUCUCCCUGAAUGAAAACGAGCGUGUACAAAUUGGGAAAAAACGGGUCAAAAGCGGAGACAAACUCGGGUAAAUAAAAUGUGUAUGCUUCGCGUAGUUUUAACGAUUUGUAGAUUACACAAAGUAGAUGGACAAAGUCUAUGAAAGGACUAACGCAAACGAGGAGAACAUUUUAGUACAAAUUCGAUAGCUUUAUCGUUUCAUCGUUGGAAGAACAAGAAUUAAAGGUACUAAAAAAAAAGAAAAAAUAAAAAAGAUGAUAUGGCAACAAAUGAGUAGCGCAAAUGCACGAACGCAGGAUUACGAAUGCACGAUUAGGAAAGUCAUUCGACGAAAUCAAGCGCUCGACGCCUCGGUACUAAUAUCGACGACAUUUCGUGAAUUACGAUCCAAGUCUUUCCUUCGAAUUCCGUAUAUACGUAACAUUUAUCCGAGACCAUCCGUUCGUUUGUAUCUUAUAUAUAUAGAUAUAGAUAUAUCUAUAUAAUUGUUCUCUCCACCGCAAAAGGCUUGCGCCUCUCAUUCUGAUCUCUCUAGUCGUUAUUUAUGACAGAAAGAGAUUUGGAGAAUCAUCCAAUUAUUUACUCUGAGAUGCGAAUCGAAUAAAUUUCGCGAGAACGAUCUAAAAAUAGUAGGCUAUAAAGCGUUGAUUGAUAGAAAAUAUAAAAGUGUGGCGAUCCAGGUCGCUGUAAUUAGAAGUAAUGUUUUUUAAGAUGAAACAAAAUCAAUGCGAGUAAGCGAGAGCGAUUUUUAUGUAAAUUUUCUUGAUAAUUUUGUAAAAAGUUUUAUUUAAUCUUCUAAUCUACUAAUAAAUUAAAUAACGGUUUAUAAAUUAAGAUGAACCGAUAUUAUAUAUAUAUAUAUAUAUAUAUAUAUAUACACACACACACACACACGUAUGCAUGUACACGUAUACGAUAUGCAGGUUAUCCUAUUCUCUGAUUUUUUUGAAAUAAGAACGUUUAGUAUGAUAAACAACAUCAAAGGCUUCACGAGUUAGAACACCAAAAUAGACAUUUUCUUCGGUACAUAGCUAUUUGUUUCCACCUUUCUUUCUUUUUUUUAAAUAAAAUCAACAAAAUACAAUCGAACUGCGUAUUUGCAAGGGAUUAAUUUUAUUAAAUAAAAAAUAAGCAAAAUUUCAGUACUAUCGAGUACCAUGGUUCGAAAGUAAAAAUAACAUUUACUCCCUUGUAUGCUUGGUGGCUUUGAUGCCGUUUAUUGCAAUAAACGAUUUGUUUUUCACGCUUGAUUUACAGGAACCCCUUCCCUUUCACUAUAGCUCCUCAGCCAACUCCUUUAAAAAAUAGGGAAAUAAUGAGACACGCUGUAUAUAUGCACUACACGAGAAACUUCUAUUCCACGUACAGGUAAGUGUAAUUUCCCAAUAAUGUAUGUUAAAUAAUAUUUUGAAAUAAGAAUAAACGCGUCCAGAAGCCGAGAACCGGAAGUUACAUACGCGUGAUUUAAUCUUAUCCUUGGUCGCGGAAGAACGCGGUUUUUAUCGUCUAUUUAUCACCGCGAGAUAUGCGAGUUGUGAGGCAUAGAAUUCUAUUCUAGAAUUUUGAACGUUAUUUGAAUGAAUGAAAACAAAAGGCGUUUCAUUACACCGCUUUAUACAAAUUUAUUGUUUCCUUAAACAUUAUUCGUGUGUCACGAUUCUAAAGAUUCUUCUUGUCGACAUUUGCAAAAAAAUCUUAAGAGCAAGUAUAUCGGCUUUACAAAGUUAUAUACCUAAUUUUAACCAACCAAAUGUAGCCGUCUCUUUCUCUCUCUCACUCAUGCGCACAGGCAUCCCAGCGCGCGCAACACCCUCACUCAUCCCCCUAUCCCACCCGCUUUUGCUUUCUAUUUCUGCCUUUCUUGAACCAUAAACGUCGACCAUCUUCCGGUGUACAUAUUAUUUUUUCUAAAAGUCGAAAAUGCUUUUAUCGGCCGUUGAGUUCGAUCAAGUUUCGAUAGGACACAAAAAAUGUAGUACGUAUAUAUAUAUAAUCGUCGCAUCGUUGCUUUCGAUAUAACGAGAACGAUUUUUCUUCCCAUAAAACGAAAGGAUCUCAAAAUAUAUAUUAUAUAUAUGUGUAUAUAUAUAUCCUUUUCCAAACAAAAAAGGAAAAGCUAAAAGCAUGAGGCGGAUGCGAAUAUUUCAACGACGCCUGGGAGUUACCUUUUUAUUACAAUUAUUACUUCAAUGUUUAUUCCUUAUUUUGUUAUCAAUAAAAAUCGUUACAUAGUAGUUUGGGUUGCUGCUUGACACCAGCCGAAUCGACAAGCAACCAGUUAUAAUAAUAAUAGUAGCAGUAAUAUUACAGUAAUAAUAAAUGAUAGCGGUAUCGUGUAUUAGAUGUGUGUGUGUGUGUGUGUGUGUGCGUGUGUGUGCAUGCGCGUCUGUAUACGACUGCGGGGAUGUUCUUGGUAUAACUUAUAGAAGACUGCGCUAGUCGAAUGAGAAACGUUUACACGGCCAAGGAGAAUUACGUUGCUCUUCCGAGUAUGUUUUAAUAUAAAUCCAAUUUUUAUUUUCACAGAUUUGAUUUUGUAUUAGACCCACGUAUCGAACGUAAAAGACUAUCUUCGAUUAUAAUCAGUUGCAUUAGAUAGGGAACACUGAUUAUAUAAAAGAAGAAACUAAAACUAAGAUGUAAAUGAAUAAACGAAGAUAUAAAAAUUAUAGAAAAUCGAAUUAUAUGUUGUAUAUUCUUGUUCCGUGUAUAGUUCUACCUUUCAACUUUCGCAAUCGUGUUCGUGUUUUGUAUGCAUGCCACGCGCGCUUGAAAAUGUCAUAUUUAUAUAUUUAUAUUAUCUUGGUGUACAUCUUGCGACUCUUUUUCUCGUUCCAGUUCUCACCUCUGUCCCUCGCUCUCACUCUCUUUCUCUCUGUAUUUCUUCCUCAUAUCGAUAAGUGACACAUCCCCCGAUUUGUUUUAUUCUUCUUACACAUAGCAAUAUUAAAGAGAGUAAAUAGUUAAAAGGGUUGUAUCGAUCUGGAUGGGGGAGGGAGAGG